UAAUAAAUUUUAGAGAAAGGAAGAAAAUAAAGAAUAUUUAUACAUAUUUAGAAAAGAAUUUUUAUUAUAUUGAUAAGCAAAAAGUGUUUCCCGCAUUUUACUGCGGGAAAUAUAUGUCACAUGACCGAAAAAUAUCAAGUUUCCCGCAUAAACGUGAUUUGUAUAAUUAAAUGUUGUACUAAAAAAAACAACUACAACAACAACCCAAAUUACAGUAAAUUCUAAAUUGAAAUUCAAUACAUUUCCUGUUUCAAUUUACAUGAAUAGAAUUUGAAGGAAAAAUGAAUAAUUUUUUGUUCGUUCGUUUAUAGUGUUAAAAUUUAAAAACUAUAGUUUGCAAACUAUUGAAAAAAUUUUGUAAACGUUAAUAGAUAAAUAUAAGUGCGUGAUUUUUUUUACUGAAUAAUCAAUUUAGAACAAAUUUCUCCCACUUAAAAAAAAUGAAAUGACGGUAUUAUUAUAUAAAAAUAAAGGCAUCUUUGCUUUUAUUUAAUAUGCAUAUUCGAUUUAAUAGUGAAAACAUGAAGUUACAAUUUGUCUGGAUUUUGUUUGUUUUUUGCUUUUUUGAAGUCAAAAGCAAUUAUAUGACAAAACUGAAGAUAUUUGCGAAUUAUGCAGCACGAAAAACACUUGAUUAUGAUCAGGAAUUUUUCAAUUCAUUAAUAAAUAUGCUGAGCAACAUGAGAGAUCUAACAGCAUACUCUUUAUUUGAUACAUGGAAUUCAACUCACAUUUUGUUUAAUAAUGUAAGCGCACUAGCGGAAACAAGCGAGCAAAAUGAAUGCAUUGCAAUUGAACAGAAAAAAUUGAGUGACAUUGUCGAUGGAGUGGCUGUUCCUCUUUUUAAUUGCGGUCGACAUGCUUUGGAAUUUGGAGAUCCAAUUCGAAAAGAAGUUCAAAAAAUCCAUCAGACAAGCGUGAAAAUUAUAAACGACUUGCAGUUAAUUGAAGACACAUGUUUAUCUGAAAGUGAUAAACGAAAGGAUGACUGUAAUUCCAUUCGAGUUGAGGAGCUUGAAACUUUAUUGAAUGGUUUAUUACGGCAACUGAUUACUUUUGAGAUUGAAGGAGGAACUGUAAAGCUCACAACACUUAGUGAUACUUUAGAAUGCAAUGCAAAAGUUUUGAUGGCUGUACAUAAUGAGAUAACGAGCAUGCAAAAAAGACUCAAGGAAUGCAUCAAGUAAAUUUGAAAAAAAAAAAUUUUUCUUAAAAAAAGAAGAGAAAAUAAAAAAUAUUUCAUACUUUA